CAACUGUGCACGACUUCCAGCCGACCAAGGACGAAAAACCAGGCAUUCAUGCCCUUUACGGCGUGCUCUUCUCGAUCCUGUGGCGCGAUGGGCGGCGCGCGUCUGCCCUGGCUAGCGCGCACCGAUGUCAUUAAGGAUCCUCCUUCGCAAACUCCGUUGAUCCCAUGACAUACGCUAUCAUUCGGCGCUACAUCAGAGGUCCCAGAAGGGCUUCUCGAGCGUCCGUAUGCGGGAUAGUGACAUACUUUGCUCGAGCCGGUCAUUCAACGGCGGACAAGCUUAUGUUGCCGAUCAGCCAUGGGCGCGAGCACGUCCGCCGGGGGCAUCACUCGAAGUUCUGAGUGGGCCUUGUCUGACUUCUGAAGCCGGCGUAGGCGGACGAGUGAUCGGGGAUAGCCCGUGGUCUGAUUACCUUGAAUUCGAACUGAGGACGCUAGCUUCAGUCCAGACCAUUGUUGGUAGUGUUGACCAUGUACUGCGCGCGGGCCAAUAUGUGGUUAAGUACCAUUCUGAUGACUGUCGUAGAUGUCGACAAGGAAGUUAUUGUUGCGAGAGUGCUCUGAACUAUGAGGAU